UAAUAAUAAAAUUAAGCAUCAAAACCUUCUUUACUCCCACGAAUUAAUUAGCAAGUUGGUCAAUUAGGAAUUCUGUAUAAGGAAUCAUGGAUUCUCUUUUGUCCAAGGAGGAAGAGGAGUCAUCUCCUUGGAGUCCGGUGCUUAGUUUCUGUUUCUGGUUUGGCUUUGCUUUUUUCGUGAUAAAGUCAUGCAUUUGCAAAAGAAAAAAACCACACCAGGAAGCAAAACCCAACAUGGCAUCAUCCACAAUAAGAGAGGUGGAAAAAAUACUCUCCUACAGGUUCAAGAACAAGGCGCUUCUAGAAGAGGCACUCACACACCCCUCCUACUACAACAACAACAACAACAACGGCGAGUCGUCUAGGUCGUACCAGCGGCUCGAGUUCGUAGGUGACACGGUGCUGGGACUGGCCCUGAGCGAAUACUUGUACCUGGAAUACCCUAGCCUAGACCCAGGACAGCUCUCGCCCCUACACCACGCCAACAUCAGCAACGAGAAACUCGCGAGGGUCGCCGUCCGCCACCAUCUAUACAGCUACAUCAGGCACAACAUUAGGGACUUCCGGAGUAAGGUUCAAAAGUUUGCUGAUGCAGUCAAUCAGGAAGACGAUAUGGUUUUAUACGGGUCAAUUAAAGCCCCAAAGAUUCUUGCUGACAUUGUAGAGUCUUUAGCAGCAGCUAUAUAUGUUGAUCUCGAAUUGGACCUGCAAAAAUUAUGGGUGAUCUUUAUGGAUCUCCUGAAACCUAUUGUCACACCCGAAGUCUUGCAACAACAACCCCAUCCUGUUACAACAUUGUAUGACCAGUGUCAAAAGCAGGGGAGGGAAGUUGACAUUAAGAACACGAGCAUUGGGGCAAAGAAUAUUGCUAGUGUAUAUGUCGAUGGUGCAUUUUUUGCCUCAGAUUCAUCUGAUGAUAUGGACACUGCAAGGCGUAAUGCAGCAGAGCUAGCUUUGCGCAAAUUAUCGAAAUCUAUGCCCACUAACCUUAGGAGGUUAGAUUUUUCUUUUGGGCUCAACAAGUCAUUUGAGAUUGAAGGAGCAAAGCAAAAGUUACACGAGGUUUGUCAGAAGAAAAGGUGGACUAUGCCUCGUUACAGCAUUGAGAAGGAAGACGGUCCAUCAAACGACAAGAAAUAUGUAUGCUCUGUUCAAAUAGCAACUGAAGAUGGUGGUUUGUUUAUGGCAGGAGAAGAAAAGUCAAGAGUAAAGGAAGCAGAAAAUUCUGCGGCUUCAUGUCUUAUCCGUGCCUUAUUAGACUCUAAUAUAAUAUAAUAUGAUUUUUUUUUGAGGAAAAAAUAUAAUAUAUAUAAUAAUGUAUUAAAGUAUGGGAGCUGCGUCAUAAACUUCUUUUGUUGUUU